CUGAGCUUUGAAUCUGUUCUUGUUUCCUGACACUGUCAUUGUCCCAUCAAUGCGAAGAGCGCGGUCUUGAAUCUUCAUAUGUGGAGCGAAUUCUUUUGGAUUACGAGAGUCAAUGAUCGCCCAAGCUUUCGGUUACGUCAUCUCCACCCACCUGUAUGUGCUAUAUAGAUAAGCCGUAAACUAUCCUAACCUCCAACUCGUAAGAUGUAACUGACCAUCAUCAAUAGAAUCAAAGAAAGAAAGAUCGAAGCUUGUGUGCCUGGUUUUCAAAUUCAAAAUCCAAACCGUUCCUAGAGCACACAUUGCGAAGCAUACUCCUUCACCCUCUCCAGUGGAACAAUUCUCUUCAAGCCUUCCAUGGAGGCAAGGAGACUUGCCGUUUUGUGUUCUCAUCUUCGCCCCAUUGGGUCGAGUCCCGAUCAUAGUUCGUUUCAGCGUUUGCGGGUUUCGGGUUCGCCUUGUACUUCUUCUUCCUCUUUGCGUGAUACGCAGAAAGAGAAGUUGCAGGAUGAUUGCAUUUUUUGUAAGAUAAUCCGUGGCGAAUCACCCGCUUUCAAGCUGUAUGAAGAUGACUUUUGCAUAUGUAUAUUGGACGUGAAUCCGCUGAGUCAUGGGCACUCUCUCAUAAUCCCCAAAUCUCAUUUUCCUUCAUUAGAUGCUACUCCUCCAUCAGUUGUAGCUGCAAUGUGUUCAAAAGUGCCAUUCCUUGGCAUUGCCAUAAAAAAAGCUACUGGCUGUGAUUCAUUCAACAUGCUGGUUAACAAUGGGAGAGCUGCAGGGCAAGUUAUAUUUCAUACUCAUAUCCAUAUAAUUCCUCGCAAACCAUAUGAUUCCUUGUGGACGUCUGAGAGUUUGCAGAGGCGUCCCCUGAACUUGGAUGGGGAAGCUUCUCAGCUAGUUGCUAGGGUCCAAGAACAGUUGUUGCAAUCCAAAGACAAUCACGAUUAGUUCGUAGCAAAAAUCGAGAUUUUGGUUCAAGUAAAGAUUAGUGGAUCACUGAGCUGUUGUUGUAACUUGAAACUUCCAAUUUGUCUGCAUAUUUUUUAUCAUCUGUACAGUCAAUCAUAUUUUUUACGAGAAAAAUAGUUCUGAUGAGGGGAAUCUUUCAAGUUGUUGGUCUGUAUACGUCACCAUUAUGCUAGGAUAGAAAUUUGGAGAAUGAGAUUUAAAGACCCUUUUAAUAUUAUUUACGUUUAAGGA